UUGAACAACAUAAAACGAUUUAGGAAUAUUAUUUUCCCUUUUGUGGGAGUAAAAGCUCGUCUAAUUUAGCCACUUAAUGACCAAAAAAAGUUUUUUUAGUUAGUUAUUAAAAUUCCAACAAUGAAGUUUAAAUUUGUGAGUUUGCAGGUUUAUGCGGAUCAGAUGAGCAGCACACAUGGCUGCAUGCCUGACCUGCGCACUGGCGCUGAUCUGCAGCCAUCCAUUCCAUCACCACUUGGUUUCCUCUUUCUCACUUCAGGAGGAACGAAGACAGCAGUUCAGUUUGGACGAGCGGAGGGGCUGCAGCAGCAGCGCGCGGGCUCGGAAGUUUCACUGAUAAGAGAACUUUUUUUUUUUUUUUUUAACAAAGCUGUGGUGUGUUUGGCUGCUAAUAUUUGCUUCGAGAAGGGAAUGAAUCUUUUUUCACUAAGAGAAGUUUGCACCACAACCGGUUUUGAGGAGGCGGCAAGGCGCGGCGGAUCCAGCAGCAGCUGCAGCAGCAGCGCCAGGCUCACAAUGCGUCCGGAGUGAGCGGAGCAGUCAGGGAGACAAACGGAUUCACGGCCGAGCGAGCCCCCCUUUCAUCCCUCUUUUUAAACCGGAUUGGAGACCCCUUUAAUCCAGGACUGAUUUCGAUUUGUUUUCUUGUCUUGUGGAGUUGAGAUAGAGCUGAUCUCUCAACGACGACGACUGAUUCAAUCUCCAAACUCAGCCAUGACGUCUCCAGCGAAAUUCCGAAAGGACAAGGAGAUCGUGGCCGAAUAUGAAACUCAAGUCAAAGAGAUCCGUGCCCAGCUGGCAGAGCAGCUCAAAUGUCUGGACCAGCAGUGUGAGCUGAGGGUGCAGCUCCUUCAGGACCUGCAGGACUUCUUCAGAAAGAAGGCCGAAAUCGAGAUGGACUACAGCCGAAACCUGGAGAAGCUGAGCGAGAGGUUCCUCACCAAAACGCGCAGCACCAAGGACCACCAGCUCAAGAAGGAGCAGAGCAUCUUAUCGCCGGUGAACUGCUGGAACCUGCUGCUGCUUCAGGUGAAGAGGGAGAGCCGCGACCACGCCACCCUGUCCGACCUCUACCUCAACAACAUCAUACCCCGCUUUGCACAGAUCAGCGAGGAUUCGGGAAGGCUCUUCAAGAAGAGCAAAGAGAUUGGAGCCCAGCUGCAAGAGGACCUGAUGAAAGUGCUUAAUGAGCUUUACGGGGUGAUGAAGACGUAUCACAUAUACAACACUGACAGCAUCAAUGCCGAGUCGAAGCUGAAGGAGGCGGAGAAGCAGGAGGAGAAGCAGAUGGGCCGCUCCAGUCGGCAGGAGGACCGCCAAACGCCGCGCUCCCCCGACACUCUGGCCAGCAUCAAGACUGACGAGAAGCCCGUUCGACGCUCCAGCGUCAAAAAAAUCGAGAAGAUGAAGGGGAAGAGACAAGCCAAGUACACGGAGAACAAACUCAAGGCCAUCAAGGCCAGGAACGAGUACCUCAUAGCGCUCGAGGCCACCAACAGCUGUGUCUUCAAAUAUUACAUCCAUGACCUCUCCGACAUCAUUGACUGCUGUGACCUGGGCUACCACGCCAGCCUGCAUCGAGCGCUGAGGACCUACUUAUCUGCAGAGCAGAAUGUGGAGUCGUCCAAGCACUCUGGCCUGGAGGCCCUGGAAGGAGCAGCUGAGAGUCUGGAGGCCAACGGGGACAAACAGAAAGUGAUGGAGACCUACAACAACAUUUUCUGUCCACCAGCUCGCUUUGAUUUCCAGUCCCAUAUGGGGGACACGAUGGGGGUGAUGUGUGCGCAGCAGCCUCUGGAUGUUGAUCUGAACCAGAGGUGUCAGCACCUGCAGCCGCGGCUCUCCACUCUGAAGAUCGAGAACGAGGAGGUGAAGAAAACAAUGGAGGCCACUCUGUCCACCAUCCAAGACAUGGUGACCGUGGAGGACUUUGACGUCUCCGAGUGCUUUCACCACAGCAACAGCAUGGAGUCCGUCAAGUCCACCUUCAGCGAAUCGUAUUUGAGCAAGCCCAGCCUGGCCAAGCGGCGCGCCAACCAGCAGGAGACGGAGCAGUUUUACUUCACCAAGCUGAAGGAGUUUCUGGACGGCCGAAGCCUGAUCACCAAGCUGGAGGCCGAGCACGACCUGAUUGAAAAGACCCUGGGAGAGAGUCAGAAAAGCGACUGUUGCCUUGCCAGUGGAAGGAGAAACUCCAGCGUACGGAAGCAGGACUCAGGUGAAGCCAUCCCUCUCAUGGUGGAGAGCUGCAUCCGCUUCAUCAGUCGCCAUGGCUUGCAGCACGAGGGGAUCUUCAGAGUGUCGGGCUCUCAGGUGGAGGUUAAUGACAUCAAGAACGCCUUUGAGAGAGGUGAAGACCCGCUGGCAGAGGAACAGAACGAGCACGAUCUAGAUUCUAUUGCUGGUGUUCUGAAGCUGUACUUCAGAGGACUGGAUCAUGCCCUCUUCCCUAAAGAAGUCUUCCAUGAUCUCAUAUCCUGCGUCUCAAUGGAGAGCCUCCAGGAGAGAGCAGUCCAUAUUAAAAAAGUUCUGCAAUCGCUGCCAAGUAAAACCCUCAUCAUCAUGAGAUACCUGUUCGCCUUCCUCAAUCAUCUGUCUCAGUACAGCGAGGAAAACAUGAUGGACCCCUACAACUUGGCUAUCUGCUUCGGUCCCACCCUGAUGUCUGUCCCUGAAGGCCACGAUCAGGUGUCCUGCCAGGCGCACGUCAACGAGCUCAUCAAGACCAUCAUCAUCCACCACGACACCAUAUUUCCGGGGCCGCAGGACCUGCAGGGCCCCAUUUACACCAUCCCUGGAACGGGAGAUGACUUCUGUGACAGUCCACACUGUGAGCCCCCUCCUGUGAAAGAACCGGCACCGGACACGGUUUCAGUCGGCCCCACCAGUGAAGACGGCUCAUUGCGUGUUUCAGAGUCUGAGCCCGUGGAAGCCAUCGCCAAGUUCGACUACACGGGCCGCUCCAGCCGGGAGCUCUCCUUCAAAAAGGGGGCGUCUCUGCUUCUGUUCCAGCGGGCUUCCAACGACUGGUGGGAGGGGCGGCACAACGGCGUGGACGGCCUGGUGCCCCAUCAGUACAUCGUGGUCCAAGAAACGUCGGAUUUGGGAAGAGGAAGUCCAAAAUCUGAGGUGGACGGCCUGCUGGAGGAGAGGGUGUCCACCAGAGGCAGCGUGGCCUCGCCCACAGGACCUCAUGUGGCUGACAUCUACCUGGCCAACGUCAACAAGUUGAGGAAGCGGACCGAGCCUGGAAACAUCAGAAGAGCCUUCCGCUCGGAGAGUGACGGUCCGAGCGCAGGAACCAGCGGCAGCGGGGCAGGAGGGGCAAGGACCGCCUCUCUUUCUGUGGGCGGGGCUCUGGCGAAAGACACGGGAGACAAGCGGCCAAUGAGCACUCACAACAUCCUCAACUCUGUCACUCGCCACUCCUCCCUCAAAACAAAGGUGGAGAGUCCACAGCUCCGGAAGACGACCCCUGCAGGACGCUCCAAGAGCUUCAGCAACCACAGACCGCUGGACCCGGAGGUUUACACGCAGGUGGAGCACAGCUCGCAGGACCUGCAGGACGCUGCCCUGACCGAACUCAGCAAGCUGGAGAGACAGAGCGCCUCAAAGCACGCGCCCGACGUGGUCCUGGACACGCUGGAGCAGCUGAAGGGCAUGGGCUGCGGCGGCGGCGGCGGCGGGGCAUCCGAGCCCUCCAGCCCCCUCCACUCUCGUCUGCUGCGGGACAGCGAGGGCUGCUCCUCCCACGUCCACCCGCUUCAGAGGAGCGCCUCCUCGGCCAGCGACGUGCCCUCCUCCUUCCGGCCCAACAAGAGCCAGCCGCGGAGCCCCCUGCCCUCCGCCACGUCCCCCUCCCUGUCCUCCUCCUCGCUCUCCUCGUCCGUGCCCUCCUUCAGGGAGCCACGCCCCCCGGCAACCAGACCCAAACCCGUGGUGUUCCCAAAGAGUGCGGGGGGGAGCAGCAGUCCGGCGAUGGGCUCCCCGACCUCCACUGUCCCCCCCGUGUCGCCGACGCCUCCCGCCGGCCACACGCACUCUCUCCCACACGCCCCACCACCCCCACCUCCACCCCAGUCUAACGACAAAUCCUGCCCGGCUUAAAUUCCCAAAAAUAUGAAACUUACAUUUGAUCCCAAAAGUCUCUUCAGAGUCGGAUAAACAUUUUUUUAAUCUGGUACCAAAGCUGGACCCCAAAUCCACCAGUCACAUCUUUGAGUCCAGAAUAAUUCUGAAGAUGCUCGUCUCUUUUGUGCCAAAACUCUGCCCCCUCCUGGCAGCUCUGCUUUACUACGCUCCAUUUGAUCAAACUUUUUUUUCUUUUUUUUUUUUUCAAAGAAACAAAACUUCAGGGCGGGGACCGACAGACGUGCAGCACCUAGAGUCGAAUUUGUGAUGUUUAAAAAUGUCUGUGGGGAAGAAAAUAACGCAGAUCUGAAGCAAAAAAAGGCACUGUUUGAAUUAGUGUGUGGAGAAUAUUACAGGGUUUGUUGCUUCCUUCUUUUUUCCCAGAACAAAUAGCAGCGUUUGACUUCAGCGGGGAAAAAAAUCAAACUGUGAAUGGAAUUUUUUUUUUUUUUUAAACGAAACACUCAGAGUUGCUGCUUCAGAAGUGACAAACUGGUGUCUGGUGUGAAUUUUUGGGAUGUUGGGAGGAAGGAAUCCAAACCCCAGUGUGAGAUGUGUGACUUGGAGCAUUAUUUUAACUCUUCUUCCAGCCUUUUAUUUGUUAGUGUUUUUCUUGUAGCUUAAAAAAUAACGUGUAACUAACGUGGGAACAGAUGUUCCAGUUAUAUUAUAGCAAUAAAACAGUGGGAGCUGGUGGUUGUGGCAUUAUGCAGCUCUAAUGUUUAUGGGGGGAUGCUGAGUUCCUACAUUUUUUUUUUUUUUUUUUUCGUCGUGGGACCAUAAACACACGUGCACGUUUUACCCUUCAAUGUGUGUGCGGUGUUUUGUGGCAGCUAAAACACCUCGCAGGUUUUCCUCGCAUGCUGGAGUCAUGCACCGCAGCUGCACUACACUACAACAACAUACUCCGCCAUUAACAGUUAAAAUACUGUAUAUUUAAUAAUCACGAUAAUAACUGGAAGCAUGCAUCUGAGGAUUGUCUCCUGUGUAGAUAAAAAGCACAACCAACCACCUAAUUUUUUUUUUGUUUUUGUAAAUCGACUGUUGCCAGUUUUUUUUCUUCUCCACAAGCAGAUCUGCAGGAUGGAUAUCUUUACCUGCAGGUCAGAAAAUGUGCAUCACUUCAUGGAAAGUGUCAAACAGGAAGUCUCAUGUUCAGCAGCCAUGAUGGUUUCCUCCAAUAAGUAAAUGUAAAAAACAAGGAGAAGCUGCCCCCUAUAGGGAAGAAAGCAGAUUUUUGGGGUAGAAAGACACAAAAACCACAACUUUUAUCCAAUGAUGUAUUAAAAUGUCAAAAUUCAAACACUGAUUUUAAAAACUGGUAUCAUGCCAUUCAGGGUAAACUGAAUAAAAAUGAAAACACACACUCUGUAUUUCUGUAAAGAGCUGUCAGUGUUGAGUUUGUUAGUCCUUUCCUUUCCUAAUCUCUGUAUGGUUUUUGUGCAGACCUGAUGUAUUUGUUGCUCUUACCUCAUCGUGACAACUGGAGGGAGCUUGUGUGCUGCGUUCAAGGCACACAAACAGACUUGCAUGUGGUGGUUGGAUGAGCCGGUCCCGGCUUUGCUGUCAGAAGAAGCCGGGACCUUCUCCCAAAUCUCAAAUCAAUCAUUGUGCACUUGAACAACUCGGCUUGCAUGUGGACUAACUGUGUGAGGAUGACAUGUUGACUAUUGUUAAAUAUGCUUUUUUUGUGUGUGUCUAUUUGAAAGAGCAGAACUAAAAAAAGAAAAAAAAGACUAUAAUGUCAGAUCUAUUUAUAGUUGUCUCUGUAUUACUGGAGAGUUCUGUGUUCAGAUGUACUGUGUAUAUACAAUGUUGUACAUUACAGAGGUACACUUUUUUGGUACAAUAUUGUACAGUAAUAGCAAUAGUAGCUUAAUCAAAUAGGCCUUAUAUAAUUCUAUGUGUAGUUCUUGUAGUAAAUCUGUUUUUUAAUAAACACGCCUUGCUAUAAAGA